UCAUAUAUUGACGCUUGGGCAGGUUCCCUCAGCGUCACAUAUUGACGCGUCGGGUAGCCCGUUCGCGUCAAUAUGUGACGAGGAGGGUUCUCUCAUUGAAUGCUGUACGGCUCCUUAAGCGUCCAAAACCGACGAUCUAGGAACAAAUAAGAUGACGAGUCUGUUCUAUUUUUGUAAAAGGCACACAAUUCGUGCAUAGCAGAUGUAUUUGUAGGUUUUUAACUAUUUAGUUAAUUUUACUUCAGUUUUAAAAGAUCCUCCGGUUCUCUGAAGCCGCGAUUGUAUCUACAUUUCUGUUUAUUUUUUAACAGCAGACACGAAUUACACCAGUUUCACUGAUUUAAUCGUAACUUCAUGAUUGUAAAGGACAUAAUAUUCUAAUUUUUACACAAUAAUAAAAAAAGAAAGGAAUACGUAUGUUAUUUGGAGUUUAUGAGGUUACAGAUAAUAGCGGCAUGCACCUCCGAAGUCGUUUGCAGUCCAUUAAUAAUAAAAAAAAGAAUUUUAAUAAAAAUGUUUAAGAAGAGUGAGGGUGCAUUUCCUUUUGUGAUUACAUGCCAGACGGUUCUGUAAACGUUUGAUUAAAAUAAAAAUAAGGACAGAUCCCACCCGUCCAUAAAUCUACGAAGAAGAAGAAGAAGAAGAAGCUGACGUCAUCGCAUGCGACAUUGGACCCCGGUUCUUCUUUGAGAUAUUCAUCUGACAUACAUUUCUGCUCAUUCAUAGCACCCACAAAAGGCACUUUUAAGAGCCACGUUUGUCAAAUCUCUGCGUCAUCUUUUUUGUCAUAUCUCUUCGUCAUCUUUGUGUUCUUAAUUUGUCUAUUGUUCUUCACGUAAUUUGUCAACAGUUCUGUUUGUUUGUUUGUUUGUUUGUCCAUCAUAAGUCUUUGCAUUCUAUUUUGCUCUUUGUCAGUGUUUUUUAAGUAUGACACGCCCCAAAUUCAGGCCAUGCGCACAGUGUCAAACGCCCAAUCAGGCAAACAGAAAAAGUUGUGUCGCCUGCCACCAGAGUCUUUACACCAAAAAAAAAAUAAAAGAAAAGUUUCAGACAUUCAAUGAUCAGUGGAGGGAAACAGUUUUAAAAAACAGAAAUGUUUCCCGCAUAAUGGAUUCUGCGGAAAUUGCAGUUCGCAAACUUCAUGCUUUAGGCUAUAAGCCUAUUUUAUUUUUUGCUAAGGAAGAUAAGUCUUCAAGCAAGUGGGUAGCAGAUGCAAUUACUCUUUUGGAGCCCACUGCUACUACAAAUAAUUUUCUUGAGAAGAUGCAAAGGGCUUAUGAAUUUCUCCUCCCUGAAGGCACGUCUGUACCAGUGCAGCCCGACACCUCCACGGAACAGCAGGUUUUUUCACCCAAAGAGCAGUGGGCUGAUGAAAAAGCUGAGAACCUGGUCUAUGAACCAACAGAGACCAUAGCUGAGGAAGAGCCUGUGAUUGUGCUUGAUCUGGUUCCUGUUUCUCCUCCUAUUGUUCCUUCUUCUCCGGCUUUCCAGAAGAAGAAAAGAGCCAGAAGCACCUCUCCACCUGCCUCUCCUCCUACUCUGCCAUCUGUCUCUCCCAUAGACCAGCCAAACCAACAUUCAUAUGAAUCGCCUGCUGCCCAUGCCAUCUCGUUAAGUCAGGGUGGCCUAUUUGAAAAUAAGAAGAGAAAGGGUUGCCGGAAAUGUAGCAGACAAAAGGUGUUCCUGUUUGACUCAAUCACUGGGCAUAGGACUAAUGCGGGCAAAGAGGAAGUAAAAAUUCAUUGGUUGCCCUGCUCUGCUUGCGGGAAAAUCUGGGAUGACACCUGGGAACCUGCAAGUGAAUUCACACAUGUUGCUGUCCCCCAAGAGCUUCUUCCUUCAGACAGCAAACAAGUCCUUCCAUGAUGUUGCUCUUUCUUUUUUUGUGUUACAAAGUUGUAAUUUCCAUUUUUCUAUAACUGCAGUUUGACUAUAUUAAAAGGUUUUCUGUGUAAUAUUGUUUUCGGCUUAUUUUGGGCUGUUUAUUGACACGUCUUUGUCAUGUUCUGUAAAAGACUGAGUGAUGCUGGUUGAGUCACUGCAUGAACAAGUUAUUUUGCCUGUAUUGAGGCUUCAAAUUUUGAACAGGAUUGUUUGUACAUUUUGGCUUGUAAUAGUUGACCUAAUGUCUUAAAUCCUUUAAACAUUUGUUUUUGAGUGUUUUGAAGGUUGAUGUGGAUGUACAAAGUAUAGUCUAUUAAAAUAGAAAAAAAUGUAUAAAUAUAACUUAAUUUAAAUAUAACUAAUUGGAAGUUGUUUCAUGCCAAGAAGCAUGAAAAUUUCAACAAUUCAACAUCACCUUUUUUGUGUCAUGUAUUUUGUCAA